AUGGAAGAAUUCGUGGAUCUGGCUGCUAUUCAUAUCUUUCUAACUCAGAACCCUGUUCCCACUUUUCUUGCUGAUACUUACUACUCCAUCCACGUGAGAGCCCAGAAGAAGAAAGGAACCAUCAUCUGUUGUACCCCUUUGCUAUAUAGAUGGUAUAUUUCGCAUCUACCCAACAAGGGUCCUUUCAUUGAAAACAAAGACAAUUUGAAAUGGUCUCAGCGAAUCAUGUCCUUGAACGCCGAAGACAUCUCCUGGUAUUCCCGAAUCUACAACAGCGUCAAACUCAUCCUCAACUAUGGUAAUUUUCCUAAUGUACCUCUUCUUGGUAUGAAAGGGGGAAUCAAUUACAAUCCGAGGUUGGCAUUACGACAUUUGGGAUACCCUAUGGUAGAUAAGCCUGAUCUCAAAGGUGUAGAAGGUUUCAUCUUGUAUGAAGGGGUUGAAGAUCCAGAAUUAGUCAAGAAGAUCGUCAAGUCUUGGGGAGAAAUUUGUCCUCAAGGGAGAGCAGAAAUAGGUAAGAAGAAUUGCAUUGCCAAGGAAGCUUACACCAAAUGGGUAAAAGACAAGGUUAAUGAGAUUUUGUUGCCAUUUCCGUCUGAACCAUCCAUGAGCAUCAAGCCUCCUGAACCAGCAAUCCAUCAAACUUCUGAGGUUGAUGAGCUAAAAAGAGUUAUCGAAGCCCUAGAGAAAGAGAACGCCAAUCUCAAGUAUAGACUUGGUAAUAUCUCCUUGGAGAAAGAAACUUUGAAGUUCAACUUGAACUAG